AUGAAGCUUUUUUUAAAAGAGACGAAUUCUGAGACAGGAAAAGAGGUGACACCAUUAAUGGAUAAUUCUGGAGAGUUCGUAGUGCCAGGGACUGAGGAAGAUCUUAGUAUGGCUGAGAGGCAAGUGGAACAAAUGGCUUGUGUUGCCAAUCAAAAACGGACUGCCCUGGGGCUGCCUAAUUUAGUCGGAGAUGACAACCGUUCGGCAAUGGCUCUCAACCAACAGGUUCUCGACGAUGUCGGAGUCAUACUGAUGGUAGCAGCCAAGUCGAGAAAUCUGAAAGGCACAUUUCAACGUGCCUUAAAGGAUGCUGCCACGUCAAUAAAAACAGUCGUGGAGGUCCUACAUGAGAGGUCAGUGAAUGAAGAAACGGCGAAAUUGCAGGCUGAAGACACCUGCCUGCGCAGUGAAAUAGAGGAGCUUCGUAAAGAGCUAUCUGAAAUCCGGCUUGAAGUGGCGAGGAUCAAUAAAACACCUGCUCCACCAACUCCUCGGGUGCGAGGAGACAAGGAAAGUGAGGAAUUGAUAAGUUCCAUUAUGCGCCAAGUUGGUCACAUGAUGAAUGCGCGAUUGGAGGCGCUUGAGGAGCGGCUUCUCCCAGAAAAGCGUGUCCGCCCUCCGCUGGCUGCUGAUGUGCGCAGAGAUGUAGUAAAUGAUACAGACAUACUACGGCGGAAGUCUGAUACAAUUACGAAGGCUGAAAAAUACGCCGUAAAAACAAGAAUAGGCAACAAAAGAAAAUUCCGGCGCUGGAAAUACAAAGAGGAAACAGAAAGGGAAAGGGAGAAGGGAGAACAACAGAAAUGGCAACUAACCAGCCAACAGAAUAACGCCCUCGACCUCCUGAGUCCACGGAAGAAGGAUGGACCACAGUAG